AUGGCAUCUGGAUUCGAGGCGAAUCUAGAAGCGUUCGUCCUAAAGGAGGUCAGCACGUGUCAACCAUUGAACGAAGUAAACACAAGCAGAUGGAAAAUUCCAAAAAAUAUCAACUUAGCUGACCCUAAAUUCAACAUACCAGCAGCAAUUGACAUCAUCAUUGGUGGAGAGCUUUUCUUCAAACUAAUUUCCAUUGGACAAAUCGAGAUUGGAAAAUCCUUACCAGAUUUGCAAAAUACGGUGUUCGGUUGGGUAGUAACUGGAAAAGUGCUGGGCCUACAACAGCAGGAAGCUUUCGUGGGAAUGGUAAAUGAAACUCAGCUCGAGAAACAAAUUGAAAAAUUCUGGCAAUUGGAAGAACGCUACAAGGUCAAGAAACCAAUGACUGAUCGCGAAGUAAAUUGUGAGGAAUAUUUCGACAAAACUACUAUGAGAGAUAGUGACAAUGGAAAAUUUAUUGUGAAUUUGCAAUUCAUAAAAGAACCAUCAAUGCUGGGCAACUCGAAAAAUAUGGCCAUAAGGCGAUUCCUGUUCUUGGAAAGACGAUUCCAAAAGGAUCCGGAGCUAAAAGAGGAAUACGUUACUUUUCUACGAGAAUACGAAAACCUUGGGCACAUGGAACGAGUACAGUUGGAAAAUAUAACUGAUGAGAAUUAUUUCAUACCUCAUCAUGCCGUUAGGAACCCAUCCAGCAGCACAAUGAAAUUUAGAGUAGUUUUCGAUGGAUCGGCAAAAACUACAACGAAUAUUUCACUGAAUGAAAUACUGGCUAAUGGUCCAAUGCUUCAAGACGACUUAUUUUCCAUAUUAGUUCGUUUCAGAAAACACGCGAUAGUGUUUUCAGCGGACAUUACAAAAAUGUAUCGCCAAGUAGAAGUGACUGAAAGUCACCAAAAAUGGCAGAUGAUUAUCUGGCGAGAACAACCAGACCAACCAUUGGAUUUUAUAAACUAA